GUUACUCGCACGCUAGCCCGAAAAAGCCUCGCCGCCCGCAAAGCGUGCGCUGAGUUGUUUGCGUAGGGCAGCGUGUCUUCGUUGUGCUUGUGAGAAGCCCUGGUUGGCGUUGGUGAAGCGGGGCCGGCCGCGGUAACCCCCACAUUAAGUGCUGCCGCCAGCGAGGCGCCCGUCCUCCGGCGCGCGCGCGCGGCGCGCACCAUGCCCUCGCAAGAGGACGAGAUUAGGGCACUGCAAAAAGCAAGAAGCGAGUCCAAGGGCACGGCGCUCGGCGCCGCCGCGUCGGGCGAGUUCGACAGAGACUUGUACGGCGGCGCGAAGGGUUUGAGUAGAGAAAUUGUGGAUGAGCCCACGCAAGACGACGAUGGCGGGGGCGGCCUGCACCCGUCGACGCAGCGGGACCUGAGGGGCCCGGCGGACGAGGACGACGGUGAGGACCCGUUCAAGGCCCACAGGGACCGGAACCCGGCCAACAUCCCGAUCGCCGAGCGCGAGUCGGCCUACCAGGCCAAAGGACGAGCUACGAGGGAAUUGAGCCCGGAGCGCCAGGACCCGUUCGCCGACGCGACGCCAGCUCGAGGGUUCCGGGAGGCCAUGGGUAGUAAUGUUGUGGAUCGGGAGCGCGACGAUUUAUUGAAGAAGAUCGCGGAGAAUGAGGAUGACAAGGGCGGCAAGAAGCGGCGGUUCGACGACGCGGGCGACAAGCCUGCCAAGGAGGGGAAAUUCGACGGCACGCCUGGGCGGUUUGAUGCUACGCCCGGGCGGUUUGAUGCUACUCCGGGGCGCUUCGACGCGACGCCUGGGCGGUUUGAUGCGACUCCUGGUAGAUUUGAUGCGACUCCGGGGCGGUUUGAUGCGACUCCGGGUCGCUUCGACGCUACUCCGGGCCGCUUCGAUGCUACUCCGGGUCGGUUUGAUGCGACGCCUGGGCGGUUUGAUGCGACUCCCGGGCGGUUUGAUGCUACUCCGGGACGCUUUGACGCGACGCCCGGACGUUUCAACGCCACCCCAGGACGCUUCGACGCCACACCGGGACGCUUCCAGGCGACGCCGGGCCGCUUCGACGCCACGCCCGGCCGCUUCGAGGCCACGCCGGGCCGCUUCGACGCGACGCCCGGCCGCUUCGAGUCCACACCCGGUAGGUUUGAAGCCACUCCAGGCCGCUUCGAGGCGACGCCGUCGCGCUUCGACGCGACGCCCGGCCGCGGCGUCGCCGCCGCGAGCCGCUGGGAGGCGACGCCGGCGCGCGACGCCGUGCCCCAGGCGCAACAGAAGCAGCGCUGGGACGCGACGCCGCUCCAACCCGCUGCGCCCGCGACAAAACGCUCAAGGUGGGACGAGACACCUGUGGCGGGAGAUUCUGCCCAGACUCCUGUUGGAUUGGGUGGCGCGACGCCUGCUGGACUUGUAGGAGCAGAAACACCCACACCAACAGCGUUCGCGGCCCAGUCUGCCGCAGCUCUAGCCAUGGACCGCGGCCCCGUCACCCCCGAAAUGGCCCAGCGCAUGCGCUGGGAGCGCGAGAUGAACGAGCGGAAUCGCUAUUUGACGGACGAGGAGCUGGAUUCGCUCUUUCCCUCUACCGGUUAUCGGAUAUUGGAACCGCCCGCGGGCUACGCGCCCAUCGCCACGCCGUCUCGCAAACUCACCGCCACUCCAACACCUCUAGGCCAGUCCGCGUUAGGCGUGGGCGGCUUCAAGAUCCAGGAAACGCCCUCCAGGGACCAGUACGGCAUCCCCGGGUUGAAUGUAAGCGCGGCCGCGAACGCCGAGUUACCUGAUAUAAAACCCGAGGACUACCAGUACUUUGCGAAGUUGAUGGAGGACGUGGAUGAGGAUGGGUUGACGCGAGAUGAGGCCGUGGAUCUGAAGAUCAUGCGGUUGCUACUCAAGAUCAAGAACGGCACGCCGCCGCAGCGAAAGACGGCUCUCAGGCAAAUCACGGAGAAGGCCCGGGAGUUCGGCGCCGGCCCCCUGUUCAACCAGAUCUUACCUUUAUUAAUGAGCCCAACAUUGGAAGAUCAGGAGCGACAUUUGCUCGUGAAAGUCAUCGAUCGUAUCCUAUACAAGCUAGAUGAUUUGGUGAGGCCCUUCGUGCACAAGAUUCUGGUUGUUAUCGAACCGUUGUUGAUUGAUGAAGAUUAUUAUGCGCGAGUGGAAGGUAGAGAGAUCAUCUCCAACUUAGCGAAAGCUGCGGGCCUGGCCACGAUGAUUGCGACGAUGCGACCGGACAUUGAUAACUUGGACGAAUACGUCCGCAACACUACAGCAAGAGCUUUUGCCGUUGUGGCCUCUGCCUUGGGCAUUCCCGCUCUCCUACCUUUCCUGAAGGCGGUCUGUCAAUCGCGGAAGUCGUGGCAGGCGCGACACACCGGAAUAAAAAUAGUGCAGCAGAUCGCUAUCUUAGUUGGUUGUGCCGUAUUGCCUCACUUGCGACAAAUGGUGGAAAUCAUAGAACAUGGACUAGUGGAUGACCAGCAAAAGGUCCGAACUAUAUCCUCGUUAGCGUUGGCCGCAUUAGCCGAAGCGGCCCACCCCUACGGCAUCGAGUCCUUUGAUAGUGUCCUGAAACCGCUCUGGAAGGGCAUAAGACAUCACAGAGGCAAAGGACUAGCUGCUUUUCUCAAGGCAAUUGGUUUUAUCAUACCGCUCAUGGACUCGAACUAUGCGAACUACUACACGCGGGAGGUCAUGGUCAUCGUCAUACGAGAGUUCCAGUCGCCGGACGAAGAAAUGAAGAAGAUCGUCCUGAAGGUCGUGAAGCAGUGCGUGGCCACGGACGGCGUCGAGCCGCAGUACGUCCGCAAUGAAAUUCUGCCGGAGUUCUUUAGGAAUUUCUGGGUGCGGCGCAUGGCUCUCGACCGAAGGAACUACAAACAGGUCGUGGAGACGACGGUGGAGUUGGCCGGCAAGGUCGGAUGUGCCGAGGUCGUCGCGCGCGUCAGUGAUGAUUUGAAAGACGAAUCGGAGCCCUAUCGGAGGAUGGUCAUGGAGACGGUGGAGCACGUCAUUCAAGACCUCGGGGCGGCGGACAUCGAUGAACGACUCGAGGAACAAUUGAUUGAUGGGAUCCUCUACGCUUUCCAGGAGCAGGCCUCGGACGACACGGAGGCGAUGCUCUCGGGCUUUGGCGUCGUUGUAAAUGCGUUGGGGUUGCGGACAAAGCCCUACUUGCCGCAGAUCUGCGGCACGAUCAAGUGGCGGUUAAAUAACAAGUCCGCUUCGGUGCGCAUGCAAGCGGCUGACUUAAUUGCGAGGAUAGCCGUCGUGAUGCGGGCCUGCGGCGAGGACCAGUUGAUGGGCCAUCUAGGUGUUGUGCUAUAUGAGUACUUGGGCGAGGAGUACCCUGAAGUUUUAGGAUCAAUAUUGGGUGCCCUGAAGGCUAUAGUCAAUGUGAUCGGCAUGAGCAAGAUGACGCCGCCCAUCAAGGAUUUGCUGCCUAGACUCACGCCCAUCCUGAAGAACCGCCACGAGAAGGUGCAGGAGAACUGUAUAGCGUCCGGUGUCUUUCUAGUUACGUUACCGGUCCGAGACGACGCCAAAAAUCUGUGGAUUGAUAGCGGAGACGCUAUGAUUCUGACUAUUUGAACCUUUCUCACCGAGACCGUCUUUUUUACAGAGAGAUUAGCACUCACGACGUCGACGCGUCUCACCUUCUAUCGCGCAGGCAUCGAUUUGGUGGGACGCAUCGCUGAUAGGGGCGCGGAGUUCGUGGCUGCCCGCGAGUGGAUGCGCAUCUGUUUCGAGUUGCUGGAGAUGUUGAAAGCGCACAAAAAAGCCAUUAGGCGAGCGGCCGUGAACACGUUCGGGUAUAUUGCUAAGGCUAUCGGUCCCCAAGAUGUCUUACAUACCCUGCUCAACAACCUCAAGGUCCAGGAGCGCCAGAACCGCGUGUGUACGACCGUGGCGAUUGGUAUUGUGGCCGAGACGUGCGCGCCGUUUACCGUCUUGCCGGCUUUAUUGAAUGAGUACAGGGUACCAGAACUAAAUGUCCAGAACGGCGUGUUGAAAGCUCUUAGUUUUAUGUUCGAGUACAUCGGGGAGAUGGGCAAGGAUUAUGUCUAUGCAGUAACACCCUUGCUUGAAGACGCGCUCAUGGACCGCGACUUGGUGCACCGCCAGACGGCGUGUGCCGCGGUCAAACAUCUGACGCUGGGCGUCGCCGGUCUGGGCUGCGAGGACGCCCUCCAGCACCUCAUGAACUACGUCUGGCCGAACAUCUUCGAGACCUCUCCUCAUGUGAUAGCGAACGUCUUCGAGGCCAUCGAGGCCUUCGCGGUGGCCUUGGGGCCGGGCUACGUGCUGAAUUAUGUAUUGCAGGGGCUCUAUCAUCCCGCGCGACGCGUGAGGGAGGUCUACUGGAAGAUAUACAACACGCUCUACAUCUACGGCGCGGACGCGCUGACGCAGUACUACCCCGCUUUGGAGAGCGACGAGACGAACAGCUACCAGCGGACCUACAUGGAGGUAUUCAUCUAGAAUCUACUAAGAAAACAUUUUCAGCACG